CCCCAAUCAGAGACAACGAUAAACAGCUGCCUCUGAUUGGGAACCAUAUCAGGGCAGCAUAGACACACAUUUCACCUAGAUGACCCACCCAAGUCACUGUCACGCCCCAAUCAACACAGAGACUAAACAGCUUACUAUGGUCAGGGUGUGACACAAACAUUGAAACUAAGCAAAUACUUCUGGUAUUUUACAGAUGUGAAGAUGUUGAUAUUACCAUUCCAUCCAAUACCUUCUUAUUUCACUUAUAUGAGACUUACAUAAGUUAGUGAAGGCUCGCGGGUUCGAUUCCCGCUGGGGACACCAAUAUUAAAGCAUCUGAUGAAUGGCAUAUAUUAUAAUUAUAUUGCCUAAGCACACCAUUCCUUUUUACUGAAUCUUCAGCUCUGUCUGCAGGGAAGAUGUCUGACGUCCGCGCCGCGAGGAAACGGCAGCAGCUGAACAACCUGGUCGCCAUGGCGACGGAGCUGGCCCGACCGGGGGACACCGUGGUGGAUUUCUGCAGCGGAGGGGGCCACGUCGGGAUCGUUCUGGCUCACACGCUGCCCGACUGCCAGGUGAUCCUGAUAGAGAACAAGGAGGAGUCUCUGGUUAGGGGGAAGGUGAGGAGUGCUGAACUGGGCCUGACCAACAUAGGCUUCAUCCAGGCCAACCUGGACUACUUCACUGGACCCUUCCACAUAGGGGUGGCCCUCCAUGCGUGUGGCGUUGCGACAGACAUGGUGGUAGAGCAGUGUAUCCAGGCGGGAGCGACCUUCGUGGUCAGCCCCUGCUGCUACGGCUUUGUCCAGAACACACUGAAGUUCACCUUCCCCAGGAGCAAAAGGUUUCUGGAGACACUGAGUUACAAGGAGCACAUGAUCCUCUGCCGCUUCGCAGACCAGACAGCUGUCCAGCUGCCUUCAGAACGACGCUUAAUAGGUAAACAGUGCAUGGGCCUGGUGGACCUGGACCGCUCCUGGGCAGCAGAGACUCAUGGGUACUCUGUCAGGGUGAUGACCAUGGAGCCAGACAGCUGCUCCCCCAAGAACAACAUGCUGGUGGGUGUUGCUGGAGGCGGGGCUGGAGGGGACAACUAUGCCACACAGUAAACCAGAGGCAUGUUCAGUUGGCACCCAAAGGAAGGUUGAAAAACAAAAGGAACUACCUCGACUUGUCCAAUAAGAAGACAGAUUUACGUUUGUUGUUGCAAAAUGGUUUGCUACGGUUUGCCCUAAUGAUCACGACCCAGGGUUGUGUUCAGUCGGGAGAAAACGUCUUGAAACCAAGUGAAUCAGGGAGGGAGGGACUCGUAAGAAGAACAUAGAACAGGACCCGACAUACAGUCAGUUUCAAACUGAGAAUACAGCAUUGUAAGGAAACAAAAAGCAUCAGUCGCUGGACCAAGAUACUAAGUAAAAUCAAUCAUCUCGGAGGAGUUGAGGGAUUUGUCUUGAGAUCAGAGAAGAAUGAAUCACCCUGGUUGAAUUGAUGAUGAUGAUAUUUGACCUACAAUCAAGAAAAAGCCCGUUAGACCCUUUUCCCUAAUGAUGAUCUGGGGCAGGUGUCCAAGUGUUUCAUUCUCUUGGAAUGGUUUUAUGGGUAUUGGAACUGAGCAAUGUCUUUAUUUGAUCCCUUAAAUGAGUUUUAAUGAGCGGGCAAUUAUGUGGAUAUUGAAUGAAUAAACCCCCUGGAACAUGAGUAUAUUCCAGAAGUCUUGUACAAUGUUUAUUUUGAACCAUUGACUUUGCUCUAUUACUUCAUCCACACCAGGACUCGCAACUGUUGAUUUGAUAUACAUUUAGGUCACUGCAUUAUGUAGCUGGAUUGAUAUUUUAGUUCUGUUUCAAACCUUAGUUCUGUUUCAAAAGUGUCUUAACUCGUAAAGCCUGCUUCUUUACCAUUUCUAUUUUUUUUGCCAAAACCAUUCUUGUCUGCCCCAACAGGAUUUACAUGAAGUAAAAUGAAUGUUCCUACCUCAAACAGGGGGAAAAUAAAUUGAUUAUAUUUC